UAGAAAUAACGCCCGUGUGGCGCGGUGCAUUGUGGGUGUGCGCGGAGAAGUAAAAUGGCGGACUUGGCAAACGAAGGAGAGAAGCCUGCCAUAGCUCCUCCAGUGUUCGUGUUUCAAAAGGACAAGGCACAGAAGCGAUCUGCUGAUGGGUCCAGUGCAGAGGAUGGGGAAGACUCAGACAGGGAGGAUGGAGAAUACUGUCCUCCAGUGAAGAGAGAGAGAACCUCGUCCUUAACACAGUUCCCACCUGCACAUUCAGUUUCCAAGAAUAAUGUGUUUAUGCCGUCAAGUUUCUGUCAGUCUCCAACAGGCAACUCAGACUCAGAACCAGAGGAGAAGCCAGUUGGAUUUCGGUUGAAACCUCCAACUCUGAUCCAUGGUCAAGCACCGAGUGCAGGCUGUUUUUCAGGUGUACCCAGUCAGAAACCCAAGGAGCAGCAGCGCAGCGUCCUGAGACCUGCGGUCCUGCAGGCUCCACCCAUCAAGACCCUUCCUGAGCCCAGCAAGAGCAACUCGAGCUGUGGAACAAAUGGAGUGGGCAAGUUUUCAGAGGCAGCUACAGAAGGCCGGGCGAUUUUCCUGAACAACACAGAGAGCUCAGACAAAUCACCGAAGAAAGACAAGGAAGGAGGAGAGGAUGACUUAGGAAAGACAGAGGAGAGCACACAAAAGAAGGAUGUUGUGGUUGACCCUGGUUUCGUGUUUGGGCAGAAUAUCAAAGAAAGGGCAAAGUUGGAUGAGAACAGCACAGUCAGUGAAUCUAACGCCACACAGGACUCUCAGUCUGGGAGUACUAAUUACUUCCUGCAGUACAUGGGCACUUCAAGCUCUCUUAAUGCUACGAACAACACAGACAAAGGAGCCAAGUUUGUGUUUGGCCAGAACAUGUCAGAGCGAGUGCUGAGUCCUCCAAAAGGUGGUGAAUCAACAGCAGAGGGCUGUAAAGACACAGCUUCAGCAUCAGAACCCUCGUCACAGGAGACCACCCCAGAAAAGAAUCACAGCGUGACAGAAUCUCUAGAGGAAUCGGCAGCAGCGUACACCAAAGCCACGGCCAAGAAGUGCAUUUUGGAGAAAGUGGAGGUCCGCACUGGGGAGGAAGCAGAGAGCAAUGUGUUGCAGAUGCAGUGCAAGCUGUUCGUGUUUGAUAAGCCAGCUCAGUCCUGGAUCGAGCGAGGUCGAGGGCUGCUGAGACUCAACGACAUGGCCUCUACCGAUGAUGGCACGCUACAGUCCAGGCUAGUGAUGCGCACCCAGGGCAGUCUGCGGCUGAUUCUGAACACUAAGCUGUGGCCUCAGAUGCAGGUGGACAAGGCCAGCGAGAAGAGCGUCCGCAUCACUGCCAUGGACACAGAGGACCAGGGAGUGAAGGUCUUCCUCAUAUCGGCCAGCUCGAAGGAUGCAGGGCAGCUGGCAGCAGCACUCCACCACCGCAUCCUGGCCCUGCGGAGCCGCGCUGAGCAAGAGGCAGAGAGCACAGCCGAACCGCCCCACACCGAGAUCACGCAAUCCAAUGAAGAUGACAGCGAUGAUGACGUCGAGCUUGCUAAAAACAACAGCAGCAGCAGCAACAUCGCCCCUACAGGAAAUACCACCGCCAGCGGCACUUCUGAAACCUCUGCCGAGGCACCGGCAGCUGAGAGCACAUAACACCCUGGUCAGCCGCCUGACUAAAAACUGCUCAACAGGGUUUUUUUUGUGCAGGCAUCUGGGUGGACAGCCUUAACCACCGCAACACUUUCAGCCCAGCGCUGUGGGUCCUUCAGCUCCAGCCCUGUAGCAGAGCUCCAGCGUCUCUCACUUAAAACUCGUAGUUCAUUUUUUCCCCCCUUCCUACAUUUAUUGUGAAUCUGGAAUUCAAUAUUUUUGUUUUUAUCAUUUUGUUGGCUUUUUUGGUUUUGUUUUAGUUUUCCGAGACUGCAAACAAACUAAAAAAAAGAGGAAAAAAAAAAUAGAAACAGACUUUUCCAUUUAAGGGUUUGGACUUGGCUGCUCAUCAUAUUGAUGAGCGUGAGGGUAUUCCUCUCUCUGUGUUAAGAUACGGCACAUGUCACAGCUGCAAUUUCUACCACAGGAUUUGUCUUUUAAUUUCCUGCUGUCCCCUCACCCACUGUAUUAUUUUCUCCUAAUCUCUCGUGCUCGGCUUCAGACCACCACUGUAUGACAUUAUUGCUCAAAAUUAUCCAACAUCCGUUCAGUACAUUUUAUGCCCUCAACCCAAAACCUUGCUGGACCUCAAUCAUUCUCUUUUUUUUUUUUUUUUUUUUUUUUUUUUUUUUUGGCAUCUGAGUCUAACUCAUUUCCAGUGGUUUCCCAUAAACGAGUACUCCUACUAGUCUGCUAUGAUGGUAGUUAGAUCUCUUAUUGAUAUAAUGAAUAAAGGACUAAACCAACACAUGGACUGUGCUAUUGCUUCUCCAAUUUUCCACCACUGAGAAGAAGAUAAGAAAGGUAAAAGGGAAUUAACUUUGGCCCCCUCACCAUUAUGGAAUCACCAGAAUCUGCCCUUUAGCUUUGCUUAUGGACAGAUAUGGUUAUUUCGGGUUUGAUUUGAACAAAAAAUACUGAAAUUUUAAAUCAACAUCUCUGCAGAUAUCCAUGUUUAUUUUCCAUAUUCUGAAUGUUUGUAAUAUGUUACCUUUUUUAUUGUUUUAUUACCUUUUUUUUUUUUUUUUAUCCAUUUCCAUGUCAUUGGAGACAGUACAGUGGAGAUGAUUUUUUUUGUGUGUGUGAAAUACUGAGUGCAUUUAGAAACGUGAAUACAGAACUUCUCAUGUAAAUUUCUAUGAAUAUAUUAUCAUUUACUAGAACAUGUCUCCAAUCUCCUUUACAAAACAAAUAGAAAAAAAAUCAAAGUUAAAAAAGGAAAAGCUUUGAAAUAAAUUUUUUGUGUAAUGUCA